AUGCUUGAUGAUGUGAAGAGCAGGAUAAGACCUGACGAGGUCGUGCCUCUGAGCUCUACGCGUCGCGCUGUGCCAAUUCACCCUAUCGUACAUGAAGUGAAGCUACCCACUGCUGCAGGCGACGUUCUUACGACUGUAGGAUCCGAAGGCCCUGGCUUACGCGUACAGAACGGGUCUGUAUCACUAACGACAACGCUAAACCCGAUCACUUUGAAACCCUUUACAAUCGAGGAAUUGCGCUCGUACCAUCUGGAGGCUCUUGUUCGUCAAUACUCAACUUCUGAGGCUGCUGAGAAGGCUCGGGAAGAUACAGCGAGGGACCUGAGAAAGAUGUUGGACGACAAUGAGAGGAAGAGUAAAGAGAUCGAGCGAGAUAUGGACGAGAAAGAGAAAACACGUGAAAUAGAAAGAAAGGUGUAUGCCCGGAAGCUGGGUAAAGAAGGGUAG